GCUACGUCAGCAGCGGUCCGUCAGAUGGAAACAUUGUAAUGGAGAAAUGAGGAGCAGGACAGGCGGCCGACAGACCGAGAGAUUGUCGGAUGAGCUUUUGGGAAAGAAUCUGGACAGUUAUGGGUCAUCACUCGGCUGACAGCUAGGUCUUGGCGGAGGGCUUGCGGGUUCCGGAUGUUGGAAGUGACGAGUUGGGGGAUAGAAGAGGGUGGAAAAAAGAGACUGCGACUAAGCAGGAAAAAAAAAAACACGCGAAACAUUUUGACAGCAGCGCUCUCGGUCUCCGCUGGCGGUGUCUGAUUGUAAACAGAGACUCACACGUGACGAUGGGAACCGUCCGCAUUGUCUGAGGAGCUUCAUGAGAACAAAAAAGGGCCCUUUUGCGAUCGGGUUUCAGGUGAGCGGGGAAGCAGGUGUAGAGGGGAUGUCAACUACAGGACCAGUUUAAAAGAUCAUUUUCUUUGCGGCUAGAGAAAGAUGGCUGUUUUUCUGGAGAUUGUGUGAUCCCCGAUGAGGCACUGUGGUUUGGGACUGGGAUCUUAGUGUUCGAAAACACUCGGCUGUAUAUAUUACACGCAAUUCUUUGGAACUUCUUUCCGUUUUGAUCGGCGGGGAAGGUGGAGUAAAGGAGAUUAGACCUCUGCAGACCAUGUCCUUCACAAUGGAAGACACUUUGGAGUCGGGAUGGGUGGCCGUGAGACCCAAUGUUUUCGAGGAGAAGGAAAAGCACAAGUUCGUGUUUAUUGUGGCGUGGAACGAAAUCGAAGGCAAGUUCGCCAUCACUUGUCACAACAGGACAGUCCAGAGACGGAGCGCAGUCAGGGAUCCCUCCUUCGCUGCAGCUGGGAUGGCCGCCUUGAAGGCUGGCGAGGGUCUGACAUCCGCUGCGGUAGGAGUGACCGAAGAGGACAAACUCAAAACCUCAAGGAGUCCGGUCAAAGAAAGGGCAGAAGGCGGGGGCAGUGUGCCCAAGGUCAGAAGUAGUCCAGUUAAAGGAGAAAGUAUCCCAAAAUGCCCUAUGCGGAAGAAAUCAUCGGAUGGUUCAAGUCCGGUGAAAGCUGGCGUUAAACUCGCAGCAGUGCGGGGCAAAAGUCCGGCGACAGUGAUGGACAUCGAGGUCCUUGACCCUACAGGUCCCAAGGAUGAGUCUCGGACUCCGGAGGGCGAAGCUGCAGACACGGAGGAGCUGGAGGGCGGCGUGAGAGAGGACUGCAGCUGGGCAGGACUGUUCUCCUUCCAGGACCUAAGGGCAGUGCAUCUACAGCUGUGCUCUGUCAAUUCAGACCUGGAGCCCUGCUUGCCUCUUUUUCCAGAGGAGCCCUCCGGAAUGUGGACAGUGUUAUUCGGACCCCCGGAGGUGACGCAGAAGGAGAUGGACGCCCUGUGUUACCAGCUGCAGGUCUACUUGGGACACGCACUGGACACCUGCGGCUGGAAGAUCCUCUCCCGAGUGCUGUUCACCGAGAGCGACGACCCCGAAGAGUACUACGAGAGCCUCAGCGAACUGCGGCAGAAAGGAUACGAGGAGGUGCUGAACAGAGCCAGGAAGCAUCUCCAUGAGCUCCUGGAGAAGCACCGAACCAUGGAGAGUAUGGUGGAGCUGCUGGAGAUCUAUCAAGCUGAAGACGAGGCCUAUGGUGCUCUCGUGGAGGCCACAACUGAGCUUUACCAGUACCUGCUUCAGCCCUUCAGAGACAUGAGAGAACUUGCGAUGCUGAGGAGACAACAAAUAAAGAUUUCCAUGGAGAAUGAUUACCUCGGCCCACGGAGGAUCGAGAGCUUGGUGAAGGAGGACUCCGACUGGCAAAGAAAGGCCAACAUGGCGGUGCUCUCCAUACAGAACUUCACUGUCAAGUAUUUCGAAAUCACAGCUCGCGCACAAAAAGCUGUGUACGACCGCAUGCGCGGCGACCAGAAGAAGUUCGGGAAGGCUGCGUGGGCAGUGGCGGUGGAACGCAUGGAGAAGCUGCAGUACGCCGUGUCCAAGGAGACGCUGCAGCUGAUGAGGGCAAAAGAAAUCUGCCUGGAGCAGAGGAAGCACGCACUGCGAGAAGAGAUGCAAAGCCUGAAGGGGGGUGAGGAGGCCAUGGCCCGCCUGGACCAGCUGGAAUCGGAUUACUAUGAGCUGCAGCUCCAGCUCUAUGAAAUUCAGUUUGAGAUCCUGAAGUGCGAGGAGCUGCUGUUGACUGCACAGCUGGAGAGCAUCAAGAGGCAAAUGAUCGAGAGGCAGGAUGAAGUGGUGUACUAUGAUACUUACGAGAGUAUGGAUGCCAUGCUGGCCACAGAGGACUUGGCUGCUUCAGUUCACCCACAGAAGGAGGAGCUCCUCAAACUGCAACAAAGGAUACGGCAACUUGAGGCCAGAAGGGGGCGCAUAUCUGCCAAGAAAGCCUACCUCAGGAACAAGAAGGAAAUCUGCAUUGCGAAUCACAAUGAGAAGAUACAGCAUCGUCAAGGUAGCCAAGAGGACUACACAUCCCAUCAUGCCUUGCAACUGAGACGAGAACAGCAACAGGAAGAAGAAGAGAAAAGGAGCACAUGGGUCAGUCAGGAGCGACAGAAAACACUGGACAGACUGCGCAGCUUCAAACAGCGGUACCCUGGUCAGGUAAUACUGAAAUCCACCAGACUCCGACUGGCUUAUGCAAGAAGGAAAAGUGCCAGCACCUCAGCUCCCAUUGGCAGCUCAGAUCAGCCGCAGUCGCUGACUGCUGGCGUGCAGACUGAAGAGACCACAGGGGCAGAAGGCUCAGGGCUCUCCGCUGUUACCCAGCCGUCGGCUGUUGCUGAUACACGCCAACUUGAAAGUGUUUCAUUACCUCCCGGGGACACUGCCUUUGAACAACGCCCAGCUGCUGCCCCGCUCCUUUCCCUACCUCCAGAAAGAGAUCUCUCUGCGCUUGCCUCCGCUGUUACAGCUCCUCCUCCUCCACCUCCGCCCCCACCCCCACCUCCGCCCCCUCCNNNCCCGCCCCCGCCCCUCCCCAGUGAGGAGCCCCUCCCGGACAGCGCGGCCCAGCCUGGCAGCCCCACGCAGCCUCCCAAAGGGGAAGAGAAAGACACCCCCAAGCUGCCCGGUGCUAGCGUCCCAGCUUCGGCCCAGUUCUUCGACAGCAGCCAGCUGGUGAGCGCCAGAAAGAAACUCAAGAAGACAACGGCGUUGGAGGCCUCGCAGCGAAGGAGAGUGAGCUCCCCCAUGGAUGAAGUCCUGGCCUCCCUGAAGCGGGGCAGCUUCCACUUGCGCAAGGUGGAGCAGCGCCCCCUGCCGCCCUCCCCGGAUGAGGACGACAGCAACAAUAUACUGGCGCAGAUCCGGAAGGGUGUCAAGCUGAAGAAGGUGCAGCGGCAGGAGCUACGGGAUUCCCUGGGGGAGCUGCCCGACUCCGCCGACCCUCUCACCCGCAGCAUCCAUGAAGCCUUGCGCCGCAUCAAAGAAGCCUCCCCCGAAUCUGAGUCGGAGGACGAGGGGCUGCCCUGUGCUGACUGGGAGAGCUAGGCCUCCUGGCUCCAUCCUGGACCUCCUCAAUAGAGCCACCCAGGCCAAACUUCUGCUACAGAUUGGGCUCAGUUAUUGUUUACUUCAUUUCUUAUAUAUAUACAGUAUAUGAAGAAAUUAUUUCCGUAUGAAACUCCACUUGAAAAUCAUUUGAUCUUUUUCAGCUGAAGACCUGCUCCAUUAGGUCACAUACCCCUUUCUGAUUGUUUGAGACUCUCGAAUGGAUGUCCAUUUACUGUAACUGCAUUCUUGCAUUUCGUCGUCCCCGUAGGACUCUUAUCGGAGACAUUCGUCUCACUCAUAUCUCCAGGAUUCUUCUUCAAAUACCCUGGGUCAUAGCACUGGGGUGACAGAAGCACAAGAGGGAUAGCACAAUUAGUGGCCCAGCUGCACACUAGUUAAGAAGCUCUCAUGAUUUUCCCGACAAUAGUUGGCGUCGUUUGUUAGUUCUCUGUGUUUGUUUCUGUCCCUUUAAGGUUCCAAGAUUCACAACUUGGACAAGAAUUGAGUGGCCUGAAAUCCCACCCUCACACCACAUGCAGAACUAUAAUUGAUAAAAUAUACUCUCUGCUUGUACGCUAGAUCAGGCAUAUCAUGGAAAAUAAUGGAAGGAAUGGAAGCUGGUUUUUCAGUCUUUCCCAUCAACUGCUUUUUCUGCAUUGUUUUCAUUUUCAUUUUAGAUUUGGUCCUUACAGUGAAGUGGUAAGGCUGGGGGGUCUGGGGAGUGUGGUGUGUGUUGAGUUGGGGGUAGUUCCUGUUUAAUGACCUGAAAGGAAAUCACCCUUAAACUGUUUUAUUGCAUUCGUACGUGAAGCAACCCGCAUUAGAAGUAGUAAUUACAUACACCACAGUGUGUGUAAAAUGUUUUUUAUUCCUUUCGGUUUGUGUAUAAGGUCUCUUGUUUGACCAGUGUGGGUUACGUAGAAGAACUUGGCAAUAGACUGAUUCCAUAGGAGAAUUUGCCAAAAUCCUCCCCCUGUGGAAUACUUAUGAGAGCCUCUUCUUUCUAGUAUGGGUACAAUCAUGGACCAAAGCCAUUUGUUCAAGCUUGCCUUCCCAGUCACAUUAGAUGUUCAGUUGGUGUAGUUAAGGGCAUGUGGCCUGAUCACUUUUGAAAAAUGUUUCCUGCUUUAAGAAUGUUGACCUUUUAGCAAAUUUCCAGCUCCCUGGCUGGAUAUAGUAAGGUUUUCACAUUUGUUGAAUAUUAACGUUCUGACUGUCUAUAAUAGUGAUUAUGUUGUACUAUCAAGUAUUUUCUGUAAAAACACAAAUUAAGUUAUUUCACUCAGCACCAUGAAUUGUUUAGGCUGCUCAGUUUUCUUUGCUUCAUGCCCCGCUGUUUAAACAAAGCCUCCCGUGGGAAUCAAUUUAAUCAAUUAGACUUACAUGGGCACUGACACAUUUGUUUUAACUGUGGAACGUGUUUCCAGGAAGGUAAAGUUAAUUAAAAUGCAUUGCAAUUUUGAGAAAGUCCUUAAUGAAGAUGAUCAAACUGUUCUUUAUUUCAUGUAGUUUCAGAGUUCAGAGUAGAUUUCAGAGCUUUGAUAUUGUAUGCGUGUCAUAAAUGUUUCUACAGUGGUCUCCCCAGUAUUUCUAAAUUAGUUAAAUCUUUAUCUAUAUCAUAAGGAUCUAAGACUUUAUGUAUUUAUUGCUAUCUCCUUGUGGGUUUUGACCAUUUUAAAUCAUACAAGAUUGAAACAAGUCACCAAAUGAUUGAGUCAAACAUCCGGCAAUAUAAUUUUGUAAUACAUACAGAUUUGAACAUUUUCUGUACAUCCUCACAGUUUCUCUCUCAGAUGCAAUAUAAAAAUACUUUAACAGGUAAUAUCAUUGAUCUUUUUGUAUCCUGCAGACUAAGAUAUCCCACUAAAUGAGUCUGUAUUUGUGUGCAAACCUGCUUUUUGCAGUUUAUGGAGAAAUUGCAUAUGAACCACUGGUUUGCGAGUCUGGUAGCAUUCAGUUAUCCUUACCCACAUUCCUGUGUGAAAUAGGAACGUGCCCACUAUGGAUGUUUUGCUAUAGCUUCCUGUAAGGCUUUUUCAUAGUCAACAUUUAGUGUAGGUACUGUUGGACGACAACAGUCUAUUCCUGUCAGAAUGCUUUCAGUCUGGAUAUUUUACAAAUAUAAAGCAUUGGUUCCCUCAACAGGUACUCAUAGGAGUAUUUCAUUAACUGUACAGAGUAGCAGAUAUGUGCAGUAUUCAGUUAUGCAGUGGAUGAAAAUAUAACAUCUGUAUUUCUGUUGCCAAUAUUAUACAAACCUAUAGUUUUGUGUUUUGUAAGCAUUACCCUCUUUUUACUGAAAUACGGUAGUCAAGAAAAUAACUUUAAGGGUAUUGACUGAAAAUCUCCUUAUUCAGCAAAGCUGUGAUGUAGAGUGCGUACAACUGUCUUUCCAGAAUGGCUGUAGAUAUUGCUAAUUUCACCAAGACAGAGUUCACUGUAUUUUGUAUUGUGUUGCCUUUAUUUAUCAUCCUACUGUAUGUACAGUAUGUGUGGGAUAGUACAUCUUUAUAUGGAGUUCAAGGCUGAAUAGGGUACUGUUUCAUUGGUGAUGACACUUACUGAAUGCACUUUCCAAAUCCUUACAGUCAAGACCUUGGUAGGAAUGGCACAGGUCAUUUGAUUGAAGAUUGCUUUGGUCAGUGCACCCUGCUUGGAUUUGAUCUUUCAGCUGGCUGAGACUGAUAAACAAGCAGAUGCAAUAGUUUGUUCCCCUUUGUAUCAAGAAGGAAUUGGCUUGUGCUACCUUGAUUAUGACAUUCAAUUUCUGAAAGAUGUAGUGAUUUAAUACGUUUCCAAUGGUGAGUCAGGAACCAAAGUGUUUGCUCUGCUGCAGAAAAAGAACCAUUAGAUUGCAUGAUGGCUUAGAGUUAAGAUGCUUACAGCUGGCACAGACACUACAAAAUAAAAAAAAAGUUAAUAGAAGUUACUGUAAAUUGCUUACAGGUGGCAAAAACACUACAAAAUAAACAGACACAUCUUAUUCUUUACAUUUCGUUUUGCACUCCAGUACAGUUUUGUAGACCUGCUUCUCAUUAGUCAGACAGUAUGCCACCAACAUACUGGGAAUUGACAAUAUCGUUAUCAAGUAAUUUUGACCUUGGUGUGGCAAUGCUGCUGAAAUUAAUUGAUUACACCACAGCCAAAGCCGACCCUUUAGAGAUAACACCGGCAUAAUCAAUUGCUGAUGCUACAUCCCGUAAAACACUAGAGAGUCACUGACCUUCAGGCUUGAGGACUGUGUUUCUUCCUUCAGCAUUCCACUAUGCAAAUUUCAUAGAAAGAUGGCCCUCAAACCGAGGACAAACCGAACUGGCCUUAAAGGGGCCAAGAGAGGGGUGUGACCACAAGCCCAUUAAAUGGGUUAUUUAAUAUUUUAUCAGCUAUGUUGUCAGUACCAAAGCAUAAGAAUUUCUUAAAUGGUAUGUGAAGUAUACAUUCAAUGACAUUGCUUGAUUGUCUAGACGGGGUUCGUAUGGUAUAAAAUGGCAACUACUGUAUAACAUUGGAGUCUUUUUCUAUAACGGCAGCUCCUGAAUUGCACAUCAGAACAGUAUCUGCCAGACAUGACUCUUAAACUCUUUGCCUCCUAAACCCUCACCCCCUCCACACUAACUGGAGCCAAUAGAAUCGUUUGGAAUCUGGCCAUCACCCGAAUGUCUAGAAAAUUUACAAGGAACGUCCCAAGAUUGCUUUGUCAUGGAUAACAUUGAGUAACACCUGAUUUUGACGGACCCUCUUUUUGGGUCCAGUCUAAUGUGUGAUUCUUUGGCCAGGCAACUGCAUUGUAAUGUAAGCUAAUAUUUGGCCUGUCUUUCUUCCCAUGCUUCCCACCAUUCCUUUCUAAACACCAUGAGCCUUUUAAUGGUCACUCAUGGGAAAUAAGAGGUGAUCAGUAAUAAAAAGUUGGCUUUCAUUAUUAACCAAGCACUCUUUUUUUUACCUGUAUGAAUAUGGGUUAUACUGUAGGUAAGAUGUAUUACAGUACUGUAUAUAGCAAGCUUAACAAUGUGUGUUUGUGGAGAGGGGAGAUCUGUAGUUUAAUUUUGGCAAAAAGAAGCUCAGAUCAUGAUUAACAAAAGGGCACAACUGCCUUUGGCUCAAGAGAUAUGACGUGCGCUUCAUCAGAGUUCAUUGAGAAGACCCAGACUGUGUUUAUAACUCUUCCCUUGUUCAGCAUGUCUGGGCAAAUUUUUGAAUGUGAACAAUACCCAUGUGAAUAAUCUCUUUCACCCCUGGCCCUGGGACCUUCCGGCUGACUUCGUAAUGUCACACUGGUUUGGGUGUUCCUUUUUUGUGUAACUCACAAAACCAUCCUCAAUUCCAACAUGUGUGUCUAACACAUCUUUUGUCUUUCUCAGUAGUGUGGAUAAAAAGACUGGCCGUGAAACUGAAAAUGAAUUUUGGAGAGUAUGUGGCUACAGAUAAAAUGGCCUAGAUACAAAAGUUGUAAUAAACUGCAAGCCUUUCUUUUUUUAAUUUGCGCAAAUAUUGCAAUCUCUUAAGGAGAGAACCGAAUCUAUUAGACAAUUAUCAGGCAUUAGUACACAGUAUAUUCAGUAAAAGCCAUACUGUGGAGAAUGUAAUGGUCUAGGAGGCAAUAAUGGAGGAUCUUUGGCUUGGGUUCUUGUGAAACUGUGGUUUAGUUAACAAGGCUUUUGGUGUGAAGGAGCUGAAAUGGAUAUAAAUGAUUUAUCACAAGCUGUUAAGGGGAAAUUGCCCCUCUGUAAAACGUGGAGGCAGAUGGAGGCUUUCAAUCCAUUUGGUUGUAUUUGGGAUUGAGCUAAUCCUUGCUGGAAAGAGCUUUGUAAAAGUUUCAGCACAAAUUAAUCUCAUUAUGUAAUCUCUUGGAAGAUCUUCAGAUUGCCUGCUUUAAAGAAAAACAGGUAUUUUAUAUUAAUUUUUAAUAGUGGUGUUGCUUUGCCUUAAAGUAAUGAACAAUGAUUUACAUAAUCAAGAUAAAUAUCAUUAGCCAUCUUUAGGUGGUCUUUCAAAAAAAAUGUCAUAUUUAAAAGUGGGAUGAAGCCCUGACAAAGUGCAAUAAAGCUGACUUUUAAAAUACAAAUAAAAGAGUAAAAAAUACAGUUAAAAAACAAACAAAAUACAAAUGUUUUAUAUUUUAUUAAUAUUUACUGACAUGUUUAGUAUAUAUUCUAUCAUAUUGAAUAUACACAAAAAAAAUUUCAGACUUCCUGAUAACAAAGAUUGUCUAGGAUACUGACAAACUUGCAUUUUAUAAUCCAAGUACUUUAUUGUGUGUUUUGUUAAAUAUUGUUUCCUUGUUUAGUUUUAAAAGGUGAGUGUGUUGUUGUGAGAGUUUAGACAUUUAUGCUGUGUUUUUUUUAUUCAGAUUUCAUAAUGCUGUUAUCACUUUUUUUCAUUUAAAUUGUGGAGGCACUUGCUUUUGAGUUUUGUUUGGACAAUGCCUCAGACUUCGGUUGAAUUAAUUUGAUUAAUUAUCCACAAGAGGCCCCACAGAGCCUAAUAAAUUUAACAGUCAGUUCAAGUGUAUCACUUCAUAGUGUCACUUGGACAUUUUAGAAAAACAAUUAACCCAGUCAGCAUAUAUUUGCGAGGUGGGGGGAAACGGGGAGCAUACCUGGAGUAAACACAUGAACAAAGGUAGAACAUACAGUACAUGUUCCUCACAGAAGGUGCAAAAACCUGCAGUUAAUCCCAGGACCCAAGAACUAUAUGCUUAAGUACAAACUGCCACAUCUAUCCGUCUUCUAACUGCUGUAUUCAAUACUGGAUUGUGUGGGAGCCAGAGCCUCUCUUGGCAAGCAAUGGGCACCAGGCAGGUUACACCCUGGACAGGAUGCCAGUCCAUCAAAG